AGAGAGCUAGGUGCAGAGCUGCGGGCUGAGGCUCUGCAGAAAGGGCCUCAUCCCCAACCCAGCUGCCAACUCUGCCCCAUCCCUGGACCACCCCCUGCUGAGGACAGAGCUAAGGCGGCAAAGCCCAAGGCUCAGUCAUGAGAACACAAAUUGAAGUGAUUCCUUGCAAAAUCUGUGGGGACAAGUCAUCUGGGAUCCACUACGGGGUUAUCACCUGUGAGGGGUGCAAGGGCUUCUUCCGGCGCAGCCAGCAGUGUCACGUGGUCUACUCCUGCACCCGCCAGCAGAACUGCCCCAUCGACCGCGCCAGCCGAAACCGAUGCCAGCACUGUCGCCUGCAGAAAUGCCUGGCACUGGGCAUGUCCCGAGAUGCUGUCAAGUUUGGCCGCAUGUCCAAGAAGCAGCGGGACAGCCUGCACGCCGAGGUGCAGAAACAGCUGCAGCGGCAGCAACAGCAGCAGCGGGGACAGGUGGCCAAGACCCCUCCAGCGGGCGGCCAGGGAGCCGACCCCCUCUCGGGCCCCAUCGGGCUCCCGGACGGGCAGCUGCCCCUGGGCUCCUCACCUGACCUGCCUGAGGCCGCGGCCUGCCCCCCUGGCCUCCUGAGAGCCCCAGGCUCCGGGUCCUCCUACCCCAGCAGCUUGGCCAAGGCCAGGCCCGACGGGGCCUCGUACCACGCGGAAUACAGCCCCGAGCGGGGCAAGGCCGGGGCCAGCGAGUGCUUCUACAGCACUGGCAGCCAGCUGAGCCCCCACACAUGUGGACUUCGUUUUGAGGACGCCGGGCAUCCUGGGCUCGAGGAGCCAGGACGGGGCCCGGACAGCUACUGCAGUGCCAGUUUCCACAGCGCCCCGGAGGUGCCCUAUGCCUCCCUGACGGAGACUGAGCACCUCGUGCAGAACGUUUGUAAGUCCUACCGAGAGACGUGUCAGCUGCGGCUGGAGGACCUGCUACGGCAGCGCCCCAACAUCUUCUCCCGGGAGGAGGUGGCCGGCUACCAGAGGAAGUCCAUGUGGGAGAUGUGGGAACGCUGUGCCCACCGCCUCACCGAGGCCAUUCAGUACGUGGUGGAGUUCGCUAAGAGGCUCUCAGGCUUUAUGGAGCUCUGCCAGAAUGACCAGAUUGUGCUUCUCAAAGCAGGAGCAAUGGAAGUGGUGCUGGUCAGGAUGUGCCGGGCCUACAACGCUGACAACCACACGGUCUUUUUCGAAGGCAAAUACGGUGGCAUGGAGCUGUUCCGAGCCUUGGGCUGCAGUGAGCUCAUCAGCUCCAUCUUCGACUUCUCCCGCUCCCUGAGCUCCUUGCGCUUUUCUGAGGAUGAGAUUGCUCUCUACACAGCCCUCGUGCUCAUCAAUGCCAACCGGCCAGGGCUCCAAGAGAAGAGGAAGGUAGAGCAGCUGCAGCACAACCUGGAGCUGGCUUUUCAUCACCAUCUCUACAAGACUCACCGCCAAGGCAUCCUGGCAAAGCUGCCACCUAAGGGGAAGCUUCGGAGCCUGUGUAGCCAGCACGUGGAAAAGCUGCAAACCUUCCAGCAUCUCCACCCCAUCGUGGUCCAAGCUGCUUUCCCUCCACUCUACAAGGAACUCUUCAGCACUGAAAUUGAGUCACCCGAAGGGCUGUCUGAGUGACCUGGAGGAGGGACUCCUUUCCCUUCCCUAGAGCCUACUGGCCCUUCUCCCUGGAUCUCCCCCCACCUUCACAUUUUUCUUACCUGUGCCCCCUGGAGGGUGAUCCCUGCCUGUUCGUUGGGGGUGAGCAAUUGCUGAGACUGGUUUUCUGCCCACAGGCUUGCCUGGCAGUGGGCCAAGAGCCAGAGGGUGGCGAUGAAGGAACACCAUCUCCAGUCUCAGCUUUGUUGUGUCUCCUUUCCCAUGACUCUUCACCCCCAGCUUCUGAGAGGCCUCGGGUGGCACAUAAGGACCUCUAGGAGGACCAUGGUGUCCUCAGGACACCAGGGGGAUCCAGGACACCCUGGAUGAACAGAACUCAACUCUGGGCUCAGAAGCUAAGAAUAGGACUUUAAAAUACCUCAUUGCAUCUCCCCAUGGGCUUUGGCUGGGGAGAUGUGUCAAGCUCAGAGACUGAUGGCUGGAGCCCAGAAGGACCUGUAUAUAACAUAAAUCCAGAUCUUUAGAUCUUUAGAUUUUCUGCUUCUCCCUCCCCCACUGCUAGAAGUGGUUGGGUACCCUGCCCUUUUCCCAGGAUCUAAAAAAAACUGGAUAUGUGGAAGAUAAGGAUGGGGUGGGGGUAAGGGGCUGGGAUAAUUUUUUAUGGGAUUUGGGUACAGGGAUAGGGUACAAUGGAGGCCAAGAACAUUACAGAUAGAACUCAAACCUCUUAUGUGCACUUUAGAAAUAGACUUUAGGGGUCAGCACAAAUCUGAUGAGAGACACACAUCCACGUACAGGUGAAACACACACUCACAAACUCAAACUGCAAUUAUGCACCUCUGUAAACACAUUUAAUCUGACACAAUUUCUGUCUUCCUUGAGGUCACAGCUCAGAGGUGCUUAGUGGCCUCAGGGAAAGAGUCCCAAUCCUGAGGGACCCCAGAACAUCUUCAUGGUGUGCCAGUCCACCAACCUUAGACCUGGGGUGGCCCAAACUCAAUCCCAGCCCCAGCUGUCUUCUCACAUAAGAAACCCCAAAAGAAGAAGAGAUGGCUGGACACUGGUCAGUCAGACAGACCCUUGGAAGAGUCCUCCUGUCAUCGUGCAGAAAGGAAAUGGACACAAUUUCACCCCAACUCUAGCAGGGAGGAGACCAGGACACAGGACAGACACCUGUUUCUCUGGCUGUGCUCAUGCCCCAGGACUUCUCUUGGCUUUACAAAUCACCGUGAGCCCUCCUCUGAGGGAUAAACGGCCGGUGAUGUGAGGGUGCUGUGUUCCUCUCGGGGGAGGGGUUUAAUUGGCUAAACAUAAACCCCAACUUGUGCUAUUCUUCAUAAAAUGAUUUUAAAGG